GGCGACGGGGUCCUUCCUGGCGGGGAGUCGCGGGCGGGCCGGCAGGGAAAAUGGCGGCGUCCUUCAGAGGCCUCGUCCCCGGUCUCCGGGCGCUGAGCCGCGGGUUCAGCGCCAACUCCAGGCUGAACACGGUGAUUGUGGAGCGCUGGUGGAAGGUGCCACUGCCGAAGGAAGGCCAACCCGCUCGGCUACACCCGCGCAGACACCGCAUCUAUAAGCUGGUGGAGGACACAAAGCAUCAGACCAAGGAGCCGUUGGAACUAAUCCUCACCCAGAACGUGAACAGGCUGGGAAGUCGCGGUGAUGUUGUGUUCGUGAAGAGAUCAUUGGGUCGGAAUAAGCUCCUUCCCCAGGGCCUUGCCGUCUACGCUUCCCCAGAGAACAAGCUCCUCUUUGAGGACGAGCGUAAGUGUUUCCAAGAGGGAGCUCCAGAGGAUAGGAUCCAGACCCACAGUGGAGAGGAGGUUGUGGAGUUCCUGAGGAAAUCGCACCUGACAGUCCGGAUGAAGAACAAUGUGAAAUGGGAGCUGACCCCAGAAAUCAUCUCUCGCCACUUCCAGAUCGAGCUUGGUGUAUUUGUGCCCCCCCAAGCCGUGACUCUGCCAGACCAGCCCAUCACCACCUGGUGCGAGAGCUGGUGUGACGUCACAGUGAACGGGAUUGAAACCGUGCGGGUCCCGAUGUCAGUGACGAACUUUGAGAGGUUGAAACUGCGGAGAUAUAAGCAAUGGCUGCUGAGGCAAGGAGGGGCGUCAGCCCUCGGGGGAGGGGAUGGGGCACACCCUGAGUCCUGAACCCCCCCACGCCACUCUGUUCCCUCCCCUGGGGACUGGGGAGGGGGAGCACCGAGUCUAAAAGUGGGAACAAGUCUGUUGGGGGUAAAGGGUUGGACCUCAAACGUGACUCUGGAUGUGCGAGAUAACAAGGGGAGCAAAGUGACAUUCAUUGAUUGAUUCUCUUUCCCCCCCACCACCACCGUGUGCAUACCCCACCCCCCAUUUGCGUGUGAGAAUAAAGCUGAUGUAUCACUGA